GAGAUGUCCAAGUGUGAGGCCAACCACUUCCUGAUCCUGUUCCGGGACGCGGGCUGCCAGUACCGGGCUCUGUUCAUCUUCUCCCCGGACACAGAGGAAGCCUUCAAGGUGCACGGCGUGGGGCCCAAGCACAUCAGCAACAAGAUGUGUGAGAAAUUCUACAAAUACAACUCAGGAGGCAAAAGCUUCACCGAGAUCACGUCGACCAAACAUCUGUCUGUCUCCGUGGAUGCUGUCGUCCUACACGGCUCCGUCUGGAAAUCUGGCAAGGCAGCGGUCAGACGGUGAUUGGCUCCCCCUGGUGGCAGGCGCUGAGGUCAGGGUCAGGGGUUAACCUAUGACCCCUCGGAGGCUACAGGACUUGUACAUCUGAGCUCGUGUGUGUGUGUGUGUGCGUGCGUGCGUGCGUGUGUGUGUGUAUGUGUGUGUGUGCGUGUUGACGGAUGGCU